UGACGUUACAUCCUGCCAUCUGGACCUUUACAUCCGGAAGGUGGGGCUUUUGUUGCGGGAGCGGUUUGCUUUUGGAGAACCAAUGCCCCGAAAUGCUCUAUUAAUGCAGUCAUCAAGAUAGCAUCAACCGAGGGCAGAAAUACAAAUCCUGCUUUGGUUGUGUCAGAGUGAAGGUGCAGAGGAAGUGUAUGCGUGGGUGUGAGUGCGCAUGUGUGUGUGAAAGAGACACAAAGAAGAAACCAGUGAUGGCGACCAGUAAAAGUAAAAACCAGAGCUCUCUGGCACUGCACAAGGUUAUAAUGGUGGGAAGUGGAGGCGUGGGGAAGUCGGCCCUCACUCUGCAGUUCAUGUAUGAUGAGUUUGUGGAGGACUACGAGCCCACCAAGGCAGACAGCUACAGGAAGAAGGUGGUUUUGGAUGGGGAGGAGGUCCAGAUCGACAUUCUGGACACAGCCGGCCAGGAGGACUACGCUGCCAUCAGGGACAACUAUUUUCGCAGCGGGGAGGGCUUCCUGCUUGUGUUCUCCAUCACAGAGCAGGAGUCCUUCAGUGCCACUGUGGAGUUCAGGGAGCAGAUCUUGCGGGUGAAGGCGGAAGAGGACAAGAUCCCUCUCCUUGUUGUUGGGAACAAGUCCGACCUGGAGGAGCGUAGGCAGGUCUCUGUGGACGAGGCCCGAGGGAAGGCCGAGGAGUGGGGCGUCCAAUACGUCGAGACAUCAGCCAAAACCAGAGCCAACGUCGACAAGGUAUUCUUUGACCUGAUGCGUGAAGUACGAGGCAAGAAAAUGUCAGAAAACAAAGACAAAAACGGAAAAGGAAAGAACAAGAAGAAGAGGAGCUUCAAAGAAAGAUGCUGUUUACUUUGAACUCUUCAUGGACCUUAAUGACCCCACAAUACAACUGUUAAGUUGGGAAUCAAAGCAGAGCGUCCUUGCCAUUGUCAUUCAAAUGAAAUUUGAUCUUUUUUUUAAUAACUGGUUUUAGUUUAAUGUUUAGAACAAUCUCAGCCAAUUUGUUUUUUAGUUUUUAAUGAAUGAAAUCUGUUUCUUUGGAAGGUAACCACUGUUGUGACUGUGACUCGGACUGCAGUGCUUGAUGGGCUCACAGUAAGCCAAUGACCAAACUGCCACUGACACUAACUCUGCUGCUCAAGACAUUCUCCACUGUUAAACUCAGCGAUUACACUGCCUUUGACUUUGGUUUAAGUGUGUUUUACACCAGAAGUGUUAAGUCUUUGUGUAGUAACCCGUGCUCUUAAUUUCUUUACCUGCUCUUAAUCUUAACCUGCAAAAUUCUUAGUCUAUGUUAGUAUAGACCCCUUGAAUCUAUGUUCAUCAAUUUACAAGAAACUCUAAUGCUGCUGUCUGUCUUAUUUGUGCUCAUGUAUGAUGACACUUAAUGUCUAUUGAAGAUGUUGGCCUCAUUCAUUCAUCUGUCCAGACUCUGAUCUUUACCACUUCAGAGCAUGUUUGGAAUGGCUGUUUUAAACUGGAAGCUUCAACAUUUCGUUUUGUAUCCCUUGAGGCUGUUUUCUUUUCUUUUAGUUUAUCUAAGCAUUUGUGAUUUUCUGACCGCAGAGGAAUCUGUGCAAUCAGAGGACCCGUUUCAAGACGUGGUUGUUUUAUUCCACUGUUAUCAGGCCUUACAUGAUAACUGCAAAUUCAUCCGAAGAUGCUUUGCAGUUGCUGCGAGAUCAAAUCUUUGGUGACUGUAAAUCACAUAAAAAAAGAAGAAAAGAAAACACAUUUUAUGGUAAUGUAUCACUUACUCAGAGCUCACAGAGCUUGAUGAAGAUAUUUUAACAUUUGUUUAAAAAAUUCAGGCUGUGAAAAGAAGGUGGUAAUGUGGCUGCUAGUAUUUUUGUAUUGGUCUGUUCAUGUAAUCUAACCCUUCCCUUCUUAGAGCGCAUAUUACUUCCGGUUUUAGACGACUGUUGAAGUUUGUGCCGUGAGACAGGUGUUGACAAUCCAGGAGGCCAUCAUGCUUCUGGUCCACGAUGGCAUUAUAAUCAAUAUGGUUUUAAUUCUUCCUUGGUCUUUUUAAUAACAUGCACUACAGUGCCAAUACCUAAGAAGUGGAUUUCAUGCUGAAUGGAGUCACACUGGAGAUUUUUAAACAAUUCGUGCCAACAAAAUCACAAAAAAAUCAAACUGUUUGUGGCUGUACAGUGUGUGUGUGUGUGUGUGUGUGUGUGUGUGUGUGGUAAUUAUCUGAGUGUAUGCGCAUUUACCAGAAAAUCCUACGAGUGUUCUGUGUCUGUGUGAGAGAACUUCUUAACUGUUGUUUAAUCAAGUGCUACAGUGAACAAGAUGUUUCUGCCACUGCCUGAUCCAUUCUUUGUAACAUGUCCUCCCCUUUUUCUUUUACUUCCUACUGCUGUGAGUAUGCUUUUAUCUCUCUGCAGCAAGAGUGUUUCCGAAUAAAUACUUUUUUUUUCUUUUGUAA